AUGGAGUCAAAUACGUUGGAUAUACCGGUCAAGCAGACAGAAGAAGACACUCAACACGUUGAGGAUGCAACUCACAAAGAUGUGACCUUUGUCUCUACUUUGGACUCAAUUGAGUCCACAAAGACAGACUACUACAUUUGGCUGGUUGCAAUCACAGUGGGAGUUGGUGGUUUUCUCUUUGGUUAUGACACAGGCAUCAUCUCCGCAGUGCUGGUAGUACUCGACGAUGAUCUGGGACACGUUCUUAUUUCAAGCGAGAAAGAGCUCAUCACAUCCAUCACAUCCGGCGGAGCUUUCUUGGGCGCUCUGGCAGCCGGCUUCUCGGCUGAUCGAUUCGGAAGAAAACUCGCUAUAGAUAUGGGCUGCGUGGUGUUCAUCACCGGGGCUAUCGUCCAGGCAUGCUCGUACAGCUUCGCCCAGAUGACUGUCGGGCGUUUCGUGAUUGGAGUUGGAGUCGGAUCUGCUGCAAUGAUCAUUCCCUUGUACAUCGCCGAAGUAUCCCCAGCAAAAUACCGAGGUGGCAUGAUAGGUCUUGACAACAUAUCCAUUACCGGAGGGCAGCUUGUAGCCUAUGGCUUAGGGGCAGGACGCGCCGACGUCUCUCACGGAUGA